AAAGGAAGUAAAUCCAUCUCAGAAAACCUUUUCUGCCCAGGUUCCAAACUACAGCAACAUGCUCUUACUACCGGCGCUCCUCCUUGUGUUCCCCGCCGCCCCACUGAUGGCUGGAGGAGCCACACCCACUUACAAACACCACAACCCGGAAACCGGUGAACUCCUCACGUGCGACAAAUGUCCGCCUGGCACACAUAUGGCGGCACACUGCACUGCCACCACGUCCACAGUGUGCGUGCCAUGUAGAAAGGACCACUUCACGGACCUGUGGAACUUCCUCCCUCGCUGUCUUUACUGCGACAACUUCUGCAUCUACAACCUGGAGGUGGAAGCGGAGUGUUCGCCUGUUAGCAACCGGGUGUGUCGGUGCCAGGAGGGCUUCUACUGGACAGGGGACUUCUGUGUCCACCACACAGAGUGUGGACCUGGACACGGUGUCAGAACCAAAGGUACACCACAAAUGAACACUGUGUGUGAAAAGUGUUCCAAUGUCUCCUUUUCACACACAUCUUCAGCCACAGAGCCGUGCAUAAAACACACGGAAUGCACAACUGAACAGACUGUGCUCUUUCCCGGCUCAGUUUUCCAUGACACAGUGUGUGGUUCCUGUGAGGACCUUACAAAUGGAGGUGACUUUUUCAGGUCUUUCCUCUCUGGAUUUUUUUCCACUCACAGUGUGCGUGUGAGGAAAAUGAAGAAAUUUGUUAGCAGACACAUCCAGGAGGCAGGCAUACCGAGGCGCUCCAGGGGUACGGCUCUGCACAGACAGAGAGUGAAGCUCCUGGAACAAAUCAAAGCGUGGCUGGCCCACGCUCCGGAGGAGCAGCUGAGGCAAGUGCCUCAGAUGUUGACGACUUCACGGCUCACCUCCUUGGCAGACAAACUGGAGAAAAGGCUCAGUGAUAUUCAGCGACAUGGCUCAAAUUGUGGCUUAGCAACAUGAGAAAGCAACACACUUGUAAGAAUAUGAAGUUAAAAGCCUACCUCUGUCUGGAGUCUUAAUUAUACACAUGAAGACCUUUCUGAGUAGAAUUAUGUUAAAUUUCCAAUCAUCCUAAUCUUAAUUAAUCCAUAGAAAAUUAUUAUGAGAAAGAUGCUCAUCGACGGCUGCUUUGAAGUGAAUCUUUUUUUAAUUUUCAAAGUGCAAGUCUUAUUUGUCUUCAGCGGUUUUCUGUGUAUAUUGGACUCAGACUAUUAUUUUAGUCCAGAUUUAUGAUAAGAAAAAAGUGACUGACGUAUAAAAUGUAAAAUAAACCAUUUUGUUUGUGUAACUGUUUUAAUACAAAAUGAGCUAUACUAAAAAUAAAUG